AUGUCCGAGAAGGCAAAUACCACGCAUGAGAAUGCUGAAACCGCGGCGGCGUGUGUUCAACGAAUCUCCAUGUUACUUAAGCAAGUCGAGGAUGCAGGCCUGCACUAUAACUCCGCAGAUCCCAUGACCGCAGAUGCAGUAGAACAUGUUCUCAUCACGGAUAAAUGGUGCUGCAAGACGUGUGGCAUGACCAACUUGCGCACAUGCCCUGAGAGAGGCAAACCCCAUCGACGGCAGCUGGUGCGGGUGGCGCAGGACGUCCUGCGGCUCAUUGGUUCCAAAACGGGACAAAUUGUUGUGCGCCCGCCAAAGUUAUCGGCGAGUAUGAAUGGAAGAUCACGCCUUCGUAGCCUGCGCCGUGUCACCAUGAAUCCACAGGCGCUUCUUCUUGCGUACUACUACGCGGUGCUUCCUAGCAACGAAGUAGACCCGCUUGUCUCGGAGUGCGCCCAACAAUUAGUGGAGUUGUUAGAGCAGUUAAAGUUGAAUGGGGCGCAGCCUCAUGUUGAUGAGCAAUACGCCAUCGCUCUUCUCUCUUCUACAUCGCUUAUGUGGGAGGAGUACAGCAAAAAAUUUGCUGCAGAUCUCUCUUCACUUAGGGGCGCUGACCGACGCGCGUACCAGGAGGUGAUCGUGAAUGGAACCAAGGAGGCCUAUGUGGCGGCGACGCGCGAACUGCAAAAGGCUCCUUCCAAUGAAGAGCUUCAGGCCUUUGUGGGGUUGCUACAUGAUCGCUUGUCACGUCUGACGCCACAGGAGGAUCUGAACGAGAUGAAGGCUACCAUACUGGAAAAAAGGCGGGAACUAGAAGAUUCUAAAGAAGAAAAAGGACAUAAAAUGAGCGAGGAGGAGGAGUCGAAGGAACAUGCGGAAAUGAGUAACAAUGCCGCCUCUGCCAAAAUGCCACUCACUACGGCAACUUUGCUCUCUGAUGCGAACACAAGUGGAUCUGAAGCAGAGGCGGCCCAGCCUGUUAUGAUGGGGCCAGAGAUACCGCCAGACUGGUAUGUGGACGAACACGGCCGUUCCCGACCGCUGCACCCAGACUCUGUUCGUAGACGACGUGAAAAGUAUGUUAAAUUUGAAUUUCGUGCCGUAAAGGCAUACGAAACAAUCAUUACUGUACCCGAGACGAAAGGGGACUCAGUAAAAGAGCAACUGGUUUUAUUCAUGAACGAGGCACAGUUGGCGAUGCUUGCGGAACAAUGUAAUUGCCAUCCUCCUGAUCUUCGAAGCGUCCCUCGGUUUUUGAAGCUUGUUAUUGACGGACUUUUAAACGCUCUUCCACGACGUCUUCGCUCCCAGGCGGAACAGGAGGUACGGGAUGUGCUGGAUUGGAGGAUUGUGCGUCGUUCCGUAAUGGGUAGUCCAGGAAAUAUUGCGGCGCUUAUGCGCUACGUGAUGAGGAAGGUCACGGAAUACGGUGCUCCUGCCAAGGCGGAAGAGACGCUUAAACUUGCGGAGGAUAUGAGCAAAGAUCUUGAGGCAUGCACUCCAGACCUUGGUACAGCAGUGGCCAACGCGUUCCGUCUCAUGCUUUCUUCUAUACGCCAGUUACAUGAGGAUAUUGCGCAAUACUCACUCUUGGUUAUAUCCCAACAACUGCGAGACAACGCUGUUCCGUAUAUACGAGAAUUUAUUGCCGAAUGCUUGCCAAAAGUGGAUCAGUGGGAGAGUUCCCUGGCUUUUGUGCGGCGCUACUUCGAGGAUGAACGUGUAAAGGCUUGGACGAAUUCGCCCAUUGCCGUUUCAGCGACUGCGUUAACAUUGGAGGAAAGACAGCUUCGAGGAUGCUUGCGGUACGGCUUUUUGGACCUGUUGCGGAGCAGUGGCAUUCAAGGGAAUGAUCGGUGGCAUGACUACCCAACUGAAUCUUUUUACUUUGAAAAGAAGGUUAUUUUUUAUGCCACAAACGCGGUACAGGAGAACAGUUUGCUGCUGCUUUUAUCAGGAAGUAUAGCAACGGUGCUGCGUGGCAAAGGGGUGGACUCAAGGAUCGUCAACGAUAUUUUGAAACAACUACACGACAAGUUUCGACUUCUCCUUCUUGACGAGCUGACUCUGCCACAUUUGAAGACCUCCGUGACGAGUUUGGUCGACGAGGCGUUGGCGCAAAGAAAGACACUCGUGGCCUUGACGGAGAACGAAAUAACUCAACUGCACGGUACUGUUGAAACGAUGACAAACACGACUGGAAGCCUUUACGUGGUAUUUGAGAAGCGAAUUCUUUCCUUUAUCGAGGCCAUUCUGGUGCAAGGCCAAACUGAUCCGCCCCCAUUGGGUCUCGUAACGGAUUCGCUGCGUCGCUUGGCAGCCCUACUGCAGCAUGUGCUUGUCUUCAAUUGGGAAGUUUAUCAGCCAUUCUAUAAGGAGAUGCUUUUGCUCCUCGCACAAGAGGAGGCCCCUGUUAGCACGUGA